AUGGCUCAAAGAACAGUUCCAAUUCUAAAGAAACUCUUCUCCGAUACCCCUCCUCAUCUCCGAUCAUGCCUACGCUCCAUAACCUACAUGCCGCGACCCGGACGCGGCGGCUCGAUACCCGUUAACCCUAUUACCGGAGAGGGUAUUCCAAGACUCGUUACUCUAAUCCCAGGCGAUGGGAUCGGCCCUUUGGUGACCGGCGCCGUUGAACAGGUCUUCGAGGCAAUGCGUGCGCCGGUUACCUUCGAGAAAUUUGAAGUUCAUGGCGACAUGAACACGAUACCCGAUGAUGUUAUGGCUUCGAUUAAGAAGAAUAGAGUUUGUUUGAAGGGCGGAUUGAUUACGCCGGUGGGCGGAGGGGUUAAUUCGUUGAAUCUUCUGUUGAGGAAAGAACUAGAUUUGGAGAACACGGAGGGGGAGUAUUCGGGUUUGGAGCAUGAGGUUGUUCCUGGUGUCGUUGAAAGUCUUAAGGUGAUAACAAAGUUCUGCUCUGAACGUAUAGCACAGUAUGCUUUUGAAUAUGCUCACCUCAACAACAGAAAGACUGUAACAGCUGUUCAUAAAGCAAACAUCAUGAAGCUUGCAGAUGGUCUUUUCUUGGAAUCUUGUAGGGAGAUUGCUAAAAGAUACCCCAACAUCAAAUACAACGAAAUCAUUGUUGAUAAUUGCUGCAUGCAACUUGUUUCAAAGCCUGAGCAAUUCGAUGUCAUGGUGACCCCUAACCUCUAUGGCAACCUAGUUGCAAACACUGCUGCUGGAAUAGCAGGUGGGACAGGUGUCAUGCCAGGAGGAAAUGUUGGAACUGAGUAUGCAAUCUUUGAGCAAGGUGCAUCAGCUGGGAAUGUUGGGAAACCAAAAAUUGUUGAGAAGAAGAGAGCAAACCCUGUGGCUUUAUUCCUCUCAUCAGCCAUGAUGCUCAGACACCUUCAGCUUCCUGAUUAUGCAGAUCGCCUUGAAAAUGCAGUGAAACGUGUCAUUUUUGAGGGAAAAUAUCGUACAAAAGAUCUUGGAGGAAGUAGCACAACACAAGAAGUUGCUGAUGCAGUCAUAUCUGCACUAGAAUGACUCCAAUCUUGAGUGUAAUUUUCCAUUUUUGCCAUUUUGAUUUUGUUAUAUCAUUCUUUACACAAUGGUUUUAGACUUUUAGUUUGAAUAAGUCGAUCCAUGAAGUGUGAUCUGUAAAGGGAAAUGAUCGGUUUUGUUCUUUGGUAAUUGGUAUUGAUGAUGGUUGUACAAA